AUGGAUGAAAUGGAAUUAACCUUAAAAAUUUGUCAAGGCUAUCGGCCUAAUAUAAAUGAAUUAAAAAUCCCUCAAUUAUUAAAAGAUUUAAUUAAAAAAUGCUGGGAUGCCGAGCCUGAAAAGAGACCAACUGCUGGGGAAGUGGAGGGAAUUAUUGAUGGUUGGAUUGAUUAUGAUAAUGGAUGUGUUAAAGAAGAUACUCAAUUCUAUCUUCGAUACCAAGAAAUAGAACAAGAAUACAACACUUUUUCCCAAAACACUCCUUACCAAAUCCAUCCUACUGCUACUCUAACUAGCAAAAUGAUAGAUACCAAACAGAUUACUAAAUUAUUAUCCAAGGAAGUAAUUGGUUCCUCAGAAAUCCCUAAUAUGGCUGAUUUAUUAGAUAAAUUUGCUAAUACUUCGGUAGCAGAUAAUAAUCAAAAUACCAAACAACUAACUGCUGAACAAGUUCUAAAUCAAGGCAAUGAAACAGAAUUAAGACAAGAAUUUCAAAAUUAUCAGCAACUUCAAAUCCAAAUAGAACAGCCUCCUAAAUAA